AUGGGUGUUCCCAAGUUCUUCCGCUGGCUGAGCGAACGGUAUCCCGCGAUCUCCAUGCUGAUUGCGGAGAACCGGAUACCGGAGUUCGACAACCUAUAUCUUGACAUGAACGGCAUUAUCCAUAACUGCACACACAAGGACAGUGACUCGCCAACUUUCCGAAUGACCGAGGAUAAGAUGUUCAUAGCCAUCUUUAACUAUAUCGAGCAUUUGUACGGCAAGAUCAAGCCAAAGAAGCUCUUCUUCAUGGCAGUGGACGGCGUUGCCCCACGUGCGAAGAUGAAUCAACAGCGCGCGCGACGAUUCCGAACGGCACUGGACGCCGAACAGGCGAAGGAGAAAGCUAUUGCCCAGGGGAUCGAAAUGCCGAAGGAAGAUCCCUUUGACAGCAACUGCAUUACCCCGGGCACGGAGUUCAUGGCGAAGCUUACGGAACAACUGAAGUAUUUCAUUAGCAAGAAGAUUUCCGAGGAUAAAGACUGGCAGGGGGUGGACAUUGUACUUUCCGGCCAUGAAGUGCCAGGUGAAGGUGAACACAAGAUCAUGGAAUACAUCCGGCACGCGAAAGCGCAGCCCGGGUACGAUCCGAACGUUCGCCAUUGUUUGUAUGGUCUCGAUGCCGACUUGAUCAUGCUGGGUCUUCUCAGCCACGACCCUCAUUUCUGCCUUCUCCGGGAGGAGGUGACUUUUGGUCGCCAGGUGCAGAAAAAGUCCAAGGAACUAGAACAUCAGAACUUCUACCUGUUACAUCUAUGCAUGGUCAGAGAGUAUUUGGAGUUGGAGUUCCAGGAGUUGGAGGGCAAGGGGAUCAUAGAUUUCCCUUACGAGUUUGAGCGAGUGAUCGACGAUUUUAUUUUGAUGGCCUUCUUCGUUGGAAACGAUUUCUUACCUAACCUGCCUAACCUUCAUAUCAACGAGGGGGCCUUAUCGUUGAUGUUCAAAAUCUACAAGGAGGUUUUGCCCAAGAUGGGCGGCUACAUUAACGAGCAGGGCACAAUCAACCUAGAACGUCUCGGGAUGCUUCUUGAUGGGUUGAGUCACGUGGAGUACCGGUUUUUUGAGGCCGAGUACUCAGAUGCGGCAUGGAUGCGCGCAAAACAGAGCAGUGAUGAGAACGGUGUGGAUGUGGAUGCUAAGCCCAAGGCUUUCACGGUCACGCCCGAGCAGAAAAACAUUCUGAAGACCGUCAAGAAGUACGUUCUGAAUCGACCUGGAAAGGCAGCGGAUGCGAAGCCUCUUGACUUCCCACCCACGCUCCCAGCUAGAGACCGAAAGUUUGUGGAACAGCUCGCGGGCGAUCUGCGCUUGCCCUGGAGUACUAUCUCGAAUGAUGAUGGAGACCGAUUCAUUCGAGUUCAAUUCCCACCCAGUGAGAACGAUGACAGUGAAGAGGAGGAGGACGAAGAAGCCUCUAUGGCGGUUCGCAGGAUUAUUCGCAAAUAUGAGAACGCCAAAGUCCAAGAGCUCUCGCCUGAGGAAGCCCAAGCGGCCGCUCAGAAGAAAUACGAAGAGAAGUUCCAGGACUGGAAAGACAAAUACUACAUGGAUAAAUUUGGCUGGGGUCUGGACAACAACGAGGAGAUGCGCAAAUUGACGGAAAACUAUGUACAAGGUCUUCAAUGGGUCUUGUUCUAUUAUUAUCGAGGCAUCGCCUCCUGGCCAUGGUUCUUUAAUUCUCACUACGCCCCAAUGAUUUCUGAUGUCAAGAAGGGCUUGAAAGCGGAUACGAACUUCCGACUCGGGAGACCAUUUAGGCCCUACGACCAGCUCAUGGGUGUGCUUCCCGAUCGGAGCAAGAAAAUUGUCCCCAAGGCGUAUCACGAUUUGAUGUCUUCACCGGAUUCCCCUAUCAUCGACUUCUACCCUCGUGAUUUUGAACUGGACAUGAACGGGAAAAAGAUGGAGUGGGAAGCUGUCGUUAAAAUUCCGUUCAUCGACGAACGUCGUCUCUUAGAUGCCCUCGCGACGAGAGAGCACCUUCUGACACCAGAUGAGAAGGCCCGAAAUGGUUUUGGAGUCAGCCUUAAGUUCACGUAUUCUCAAGGCAUGGAUUUUAUCUAUCCGUCUUCCCUCCCUGGAGUUUUUCCGGAUAUCCCUAACUGCCGCUGCAUCCAAAAUGUCUUUGACCUGCCAACGAUGGACGGCCUGGAGCCUUAUGUUGGGCUUGUUGACGGAGUGCACCUUGGAGCGUCAGCUCUUGCCGGUUUUCCUAGCUUGAAGACCUUGCCUCAUGUCGGCCAACUAGGGUUCCAUGGUGUUUGUGUCUUUCAGCAAGAGAGUCGCAAUGAAAGUAUGGUGAUUACAGUGCUUGAUCCGGGCAGUCGGUCGAGCUCUGAGCUGGCUAAAAAGAAAAUCGGCCAGCGAGUCUUUGUGGGCUAUCCGUUCCUGCAAGAAGCACUUGUUACCCGCGUGUCCGAUGAACUAUUUGAUUACACCCUUCCUGCCGGAGAAGAACACCCUCUCGCCACACCGCAUUCCGAUGUGCAAAUUGAGCAGUGGAAAAAGAAGGCCGAUAAAAUUGAAGGCAUUUACAGCAGGAGGUUUGGUACCAUCAUCGGCCCAGUUGAGGCAAUGGUGCAUGUUCAGCUCCUGAAGGGUCUCAUUAAGACUGACGCAGGUGCUACUGUCAAAGAGUUUGCAGACAUUCCCGGGCAAGAAACGGAUUAUGCGUUGCAGCUUGUUGUCGACGAAGUAAUCAACCCUGAUGAGCGAUUCAUCGAACGAAAAGCUCUUCCGAUCCAAGAAGAAUUCCCCGAAGGCUCGCGCGCAUUCUUCCUCGGCGAGUUUAACUACGGUAGGCCGGUUCAUAUCACCGGCCAUGAUGAUGGUAAAGUGAAUGGGCUUGUCGCAGCGAUCAAGGGCCGGGAACCUGAGUUUGGAAUAGAGCGUGCGCGUAGCGCGGAGGCUCUAUCUCCUUACACGCCAGCUUUCGCAGUUGCUCGAAUGCUGAAUUUGAAUCCCCUGGUUUUGGCCAAAAUUACCUCGUCGUUCACCGUGGAUGUCGGUGGCCAGCGCGUCAACCUGGGUCUUAACCUCAAAUUCGAGGCUAGGAAGCAAAAGGUUCUUGGUUAUUCCCGCCGGUCAGAGUCUGGCUGGGAAUUCAGUGUGAAGGCAAUUCAACUGCUUGGACAGUACAUGCAGAAAUUCCCUGAUUUCUUCCUGGCCCUUAAGCAGAACCCUCGCAAUGACAGGUACCAGCCUACCGAUUUCUAUCCUGCAGAUAUCGCUCUUGACAAAAUAAAUGAGAUCAAAGCAUGGCUGAAGGAGAUUGAAUCGAAAAAUUUUGAGAGGGUUCCGCUGGAGGCGGAGCAGCUUGAUUCAGAUGUUGUCAAGCUCAUCGAGCAGGACGCCGACCAACUUUUGAGAAGCCAACCACCUAUGGAAGUAAGAAAGAUCCGCGAUAUUCCUCGAAGUGCGCUCCUUCGACCAGCCGACGUCGAGCAUCGACUUGGAAACCAGACUUUCAAGCUUGGAGAUCGUGUUGUGUAUGCCCAGGAUUCUGGCAAAGUGCCCAUCGCCACCCGAGGAACGGUGGUCGGACUUACUCGAACUCCACGAGCUAUCCUACUUGAUGUUGUCUUUGACGUCGCAUUCAUGAGCGGUACAACUUUGGGAGACCGAUGUUCUGCCUUCCGCGGGCAGACAGUACCGGCGUCGUCUGUGCUAAACGUCUCCCAUCGACAGCUCUCUGCCAGUACUAGGGCGGCAGUCAAUCAAAAGCAACAAAACCAGCCCUCUCCUCUGACAGUAGCAGGCUACGGCGCGCCUCUGGGUCCCGGUGGUCAAGGGCAGCUGAGAGAAGCUCCCGCUCCGGCACCCCUUCGAGGCUCUUUCCGAGGAGCAUUGUCCGGCGUGCGAGGUGGAGGUGGACGUGGCGGUACUAACGGCGCCACCACUAAUCUACCUUUCCGACCGCACCCAGAUACGAAUGGUAACGCUCGUGGCGGUAGAGGUCGAGGGCGCGGGGCAAUGGCGCGUGGACGAGGUGGCUAUGUCUCAGUCGAUAACAGUGACCCCAAUACCGGCGUUGUCCAAAAUAACCCGAACUUCCGGCCAAAGAAUUAUUCCCAAGUGCCACCGCCUGUUGGCCUGGAGUCACGCGGACGAGGCCGAGGCCGAGCAGGCCGUGGUGUGGAUCGAGGAAAUGGACACCGAGGUCGGGGUGGCAAUCGUGGAAGGGGUGCCGCUGCUACUCGUGGCCAGUGA